AUGGCAGAUCUCUUAGCAGCAGCAGCCGAAGUCGCGACGACACGCGCGGACGAGAGCGGCGCUGUCCUCGACUUGACCAAUCAGCAGCUCGUCCACGUCAAGGAGCACGCGAUUGCGUAUGCAGCAGCCCACGGACUGCUCGUGCGGUGGCCACGCGAUCCUUCCGCCCUGGACGACGCCCCGUCUGCAUUUGUCCACAUCCCGCUGUGUCUCUUGCCCGUACCGUUUCCACGGCAGCACUUUGAGCGGGCGGUCCAGUUGUCACCUCUGUAUGGACGUCUCGUGGACCGCGUGAGUCGGGACGUCGUGUGGCUGCAUGACUGCGUCCAGAACGUGGGAACGGAAGACGCCUUUACUCUGCGGCUGCUGGAGCUCUCCAAGAUGGUGCAGCUCCAAGGCGUCCAGCAACUGACGUACUUGGGCAUCCACCGCUCGGACUAUAUGCUGCACCACAAACAAGAACAAGGCCAAGUGACGCAGCAGCAGCAGCUGUUGCAGGUCGAGCUGAACACGAUCGCGUCGUCUUUUGGAUGCAUCAGCUCCCUCGUGUCGGACAUGCAUCGGUUCUUGCUGAAUCGGUUUGGACCUGAGAUGAUGGCGCUUGAAAAGCAUUACGGCAUUGCAACAGCUGAGUACCGGACGGCCUUGCCGCAGAACGACGCGAUCACGGAGAUUCCGAAUGCGCUUGCGGCGGCGUACGAGCAGUACGGAGUCAAAGACGCGGUCGUCAUGUUUGUCGUGCAACCGAAUGAGACGAAUGCCAUUGACCAACGCUGGCUAGAGUACAAGUUGUGGGAACAUCACGGCAUCCACGUGCUGCGCUGGACGUUGGCUGAGGUGAAUGCGCACGGUAAACUGGUUGAGCGCGAUGGCAAACGAAGACUUACGGUCGAUGGGCGUGAGGUCGCUGUCGCAUAUUAUCGCUCCGCGUAUACGCCGAAUGACUACCCCACAGAGCAAGAAUGGGCCGGUCGUACCAUCAUUGAACGAUCGUACGCUAUCAAGUGCCCAUCGAUUGCUUACCACUUAGCUGGCACGAAGAAGGUGCAGCAAGUACUUGCCGACCCAGUAAUUCUUCGUCGAUUUAUGUUGGAGGAGGAAGCCACGCAACUGGAGUCGUCCUUUGCGGGUCUCUAUGGACUCGAGACAAACUCGCCAACCGUCGAAGAAGUCAAGAAAAUGGCAAUUGCGAACCCGCACGCGUACGUGCUAAAGCCCCAGCGCGAGGGCGGAGGCAACAACUUGUAUGGUGAUGAGGUGGCUUCGGCGAUCCAAAGCAUGAGUCCAGCCGAACUGGAGUCGUAUAUUCUAAUGGAGCGUAUCUUUCCCAACGAGAACCCUGCCAUCCUCGUCCGUAAUGGUGUGGCAUCGAGUGGCCCCACCAUCAGCGAGCUCGGUAUGUUUAUCACAAGUCUGUUCGAUGGUGAAGGAAAGGAGAUUGUGAACAAGCACGCCGGACAUUUGUUGCGUACAAAGCUCUCGGGCACUGACGAGGGUGGUGUGGCGACAGGCUUUUCAGUCAUAAGCAGUCCGUUGCUGAUCUAG